CAGGGUUGGGUAUUCCCAGGACUUAAUCGCGGUUUUCCUCGGCCCCCUUGGUCCCAAACUUGCCCGAGUAAAAAGCACACUUGCCCGAAGAGAAUUGGUACUCCCACAGAAAACAGUCGCUACGCAGCAAACACUUCGAGCAGCAUGUCGACAACUUGUCACGCUGAGCCGGAGUAAACGAUUCCCAAUCAUUGCUCGUUGCAUCGUCUGGCGAGGGAGCAUCCAGGGGCUCUUCGGCUGCGCGUGCGGCCCUUUCCCGCCUUCUCUGGUGUUGCAGCGUGACGGCAGCUCUUCUCUUGAGCUGCAGGAAGGAGAGCGAGCGGCUCCCCCGGGGAAAGACAUAAUUACUGCUGGAGGACGUCUGCAGGAGAGAGACCGCCACAGGGGUUGGGUUGCCGCGGAGCUUCUUGCCGCCCAUCAAAGAGCAAUCUGACGAAAGGCACCCACGAUAACAGGCAUUCUUCCAUGGCCAAGCCAAACGGCAUGAACAUUGCAAACCGUGGCAGGGGAACUCGCUUGUCCCCUGGAAGACGUUCCUCUUGGUUACUGUCCGUGUUAUCCAGCAGCAGCCAACUGUCGUGAGAAACGAAACCCACCGCCGCCACCACAAUGGCAUUGCGGAGGGCCGGGGAGGGCCGAACAGUCAAUGUCCGACCCGAUCAGUCAGCGAUGUCGUAGGGGAUGGGCGGCGGUGGACAGG